UCUGCACGUGGCACGCUUUUUCGACGGAUGAUACACCACACAGAUAGCCAAAUUCCAGCACGAAAACUACGAAAUGAAUCUUACGAUUACUUCCUCGAUUUAUUGGGCAAAUACCAAUUCCAGCCACCGCAUCAUCAUCUCCGUUUCUGGUGCAUGCACCAUCGGUGUAAAUGUGGACCACUCCAUUUUCAAUCAAGAGGUCAUCGUCCUCAAUUGUUCGAGUAUCUUGGACUUGGUCAAACGACAGGAGCUGACGAACAUAAUUAUGCUGUCAUUCCCGCCAUCGUCUUUUUGAUAUAUUACUGCACUGAUGGUGUCUUGGUCGUGGGCAGCUUCGAUGAAGAAUUCUUUGUUUGGAUCAGGAGCGGUUCAUUGGACUCCGGAGAGCUUUUUUGGAUUUUAGGAUCAACUUCUAUUUGGGGUUUUUCAAUUUCGGCGGCUAAUAUUUGCGCCAUUUUUCAAUCGCUUCCAACGACAAGUCUGGUUUGCCUGGAGCCAGAACUACUUUUUUCGGAAUUUGCCACUCCUGGAAUGGCUGCUGGAGUUGAAACUAUUGGCUGUUGAUUUGGAAAUUCAUCCGGCGGAGUAACAACGAUUUUUGGAAUCGGGAGUAUGUCUGGUUCAGUUUGGACCAUUUUGUGCACUUUUUUCACGUUGUGUUCUUUAUUUUGCUGUGCAUACUGUUGUUGUUUUUCCGUGUUUUUCUCCCCUUGGUCUUUAUACUUUGAAUUUUCGAAAAUCUUCGUUUUCGGUAAAAUUUCUCCCUUUAUAGUUGCUCGUUUUGGGCUUUUCACCAGUUGUUUGAGUUUCUUCGGUUUGUUUUUCCUCUAAUGUGUGCCCAAAAUUGGUGUAAAUUUGUUUGGUGGUAGAUACGUUUACAUACAUGGCGAUAUACUCAUCUGUGACCGAUUUUUUAAUCAAACUCAAUUUUUUAACUAGAUCUUCUUUUCCUUCCAAUCCUUCGAGAUUUAUUUUAUUUUUUAUUGGAUCGGGGAUUUUGGCUAAUAUUUUUGACAUUAGACCUUCUUUAUCUAGAUGAGUUUCAGCCAAAGUAUCAUACCAUAAUGAGAAGUACUCAAUAUAAUCCGCCAUUGUUUUAAUGUUUUGGGGAGGGCUUGUAUCAAAGAAAUCGAUUGCAGACUGUUUUGCUGAAUGAUCCCAAUAAAGAUUCAAGAAUUCAGCUAUUAGUUUAUCUAAUGUGUCGCAAUCCUGGAGUUUUGAAGUCCAUGCUUGGGUUUUGUAUUCAACACAUGAAAUAAACAACAUUCUUCGAUUUGUUGCUCCCAAGUUUUCUUCAAUAUAUUUUGUUUGGAAUUGCUUCACGAAACGGACCGGAUGGUGGCGAAUUUCUUGGGUAAACAUGGUGGCGCUUUUUCUAAACAGAUCGAUGAAAACCUGCUCAGAUGACGAUUUUACACCGCCUCCACCUGAUGCCACUCUAGCUUCAGCUCCUCUGAGCACAGCAUCCAGUGUUUUUUGCAUCUCCGCUUCAUUCUUUUUCCAUAACUCCAUUCCUUCUUCACCCAUCUUCUUAAAAACUUCCUCUUUGAAUUCACCUAUUGCUGAACCAAUUGCCACAUUCGUUUUUGUGGUCCAAUCUUCGAAUUGUUUAUUGGCAUCUGUUUUUAAAGUGUUUUCAAAUUCUUUUAAUUUCUCAGUAUAUUUCUUUUCAUACUGGU